AGGGAAGACCCGGAGGAGCGACUCAGAGGAACGGCUCCGCGGCCCUGCUGCGCAUGCUCGCCAGGAGCCCACGGGGCGUUGCGAGAGGCUGACGCUUCGAGGGGGCGCGCGCGGGCACGGAGCUCGCUCCCGGAGGGGCAGGGCCAACAUCAUUCUAGGGCUUGAUUUUUAUUUUCUGGUGUGGUUCUGUCAGAUUUAUCUUGCUUCUCCAAAUGCCACGAGUUGGACUUGUAGAAGAAACUGUGAAGUUGGAGCUGGACUGGAGCUCAUAUAGAACUGAGGGUGUGCUAAGCUUCACAAAGGGAGAGGUGAAAACAGCCAGAGGAAUUGCAGGACUUGUCCCAGGUCUGGCCAGUGAGCCCAAGCCCAAGCCCCAGCCCCGGUGUGGGUAGAUGAUGAUGAUGUAGUUCUUGCAGAUGAAGUGCUGGGAUUAAAACGAGGACCUAGCACAUGUGAAGUAUCAACUCUACCACUGAGUUAUACCUCCAGCCCAGAAUCGGCAUUUUUACCAGGACAGAGCCCAGACUGGCAGAUACCAGGCCAGGAGGGAGGAAGAAUGCAUCUACCAGGGCUGAGCGUGAGCUGAGGAUCAGGCCAACAGUCCUGGGAUGCCCCUGCCCGAGCCCAGUGAGCAGGAGGGCGAGAGCAUGAAGGCUGCCCAAGAGCCCUCCCCAGAGACCAGCAUGGAUGUCGUCCCGGCAGACCCCAGUGAACCCCAGGAGUUCUCCAAUCUGGUCCUGCUGACAACCUCAGACCAACAGGGGCUUGAGGUGGACUCUGAUCCCACCGAAGUACACUGUGUCAUCUCCCUGGAGAUGGUUGACCCCUCCACCCUGGCCAGCACCCUCCAGAUCCUGCCAGCCGAGGAGCAGGUACAGGCAGUUCAGCCAUGCCUGUGGUCCUCAGGGCUGAAGCGCAGCAAGGUGGAGCAAGUCUCCCAGCCCCUGGAGUUCCUAAGGACCCCAUUUGGGGGCCGCCUCCUUGUCCUUGAAUCUUUCCUGUACAAGCAGGAGAAGGCUGUGGGGGACAAGGUGUACUGGAAGUGCCGCCAGCAUGCUGAGCUGGGCUGCCGAGGCCGGGCCAUCACCCGUGGCUCAAAGGCUACAGUGAUGCGGGACCAUUGCCACCCACCCGACGAGGAGGGCCUAGAGGCCCGGCGCCAGAAAGAGAAGCUGCCUAGCUCAGCCUUGCCAGACAGCUUGAGGGAUCCCCAGGGUCCGGUGGAGGAGCUGCUUAGGGGAGUGGAUCCAUGGUUGUACCCUGAGGAGCCCACCCGCCAGCAGAGCAAGCCAGUCCUAGAGGACCCUCAAACCGUGUCCGUGCUGAGCUUGCCACCCAAGAAACGCCAGAUGCUGCGCAUGGGCCUGCCUCCAGGCCUGGAGUUCCUGAACACAUGCUACGGGGGCACCUUCCUCGUUCACCAGUCCUUCAUCUACAAGCGGGAGAAGGCUGUGGGCGACAAGGUGUACUGGACGUGCCGGGACCACACACUGCAUGGCUGCCGCAGCCGCGCCAUCUCCCAGGGCCAUCUGGUGACGGUGAUGCGUAGCCACUGCCACCCACCUGACAUGGAGAGCUUGCAGGUGCGGCGGCGGCAGCAGGAGAAGGCCAUUCGGACACUUCAGGCCAGGCCACUUGGCCUCGGGGGCUGCAGGGACAAGCGGCACCAAAGCAUGGACAGUCACCAGGGGCUGGGUGCCCCUACUCUCGCCGGGUCCCGGCUCAGAAAGAAAGCAAAGGUCAAAGGUCAGGAGCUCUCUACCCAGACCGAAGCCCCACAGGGAUCCCCUGAAGAGGACCAGGAUACUGAUCCGGGAGGCCCUGAGUUUCUUCGGACCCCACUAGGGGGCAGCUUCCUGGUGUACGAGUCCUUCCUGUACAGGCGGGAGAAGGCAGCUGGUGACAAGGUGUACUGGACCUGCCGAGACCAGGCACGCAUGGGCUGCCGCAGCCGUGCCAUCACCCAGGGCCGGCAAGUGACAGUGAUGCGUGGCCACUGCCACCCACCUGACCUUUUGGGCCUGGAGACAAUGCGACAGCGGGACAAGCACCCCAGCCCCACCCAUCGGGAGAGCCUAGGAGGUCCCGAGUUCAUACGAACCCCACUUGGAGGCAGCUUUCUGGUGUACGAGUCCUUCCUGUACAGGCGGGAGAAGGCCACUGGUGACAAGGUGUACUGGACCUGCCGAGACCAGGCACGCAUGGGCUGCCGAAGCCGUGCCAUCACACAAGGCCAGCGUGUGAUGGUCAUGCGUAGGCACUGCCACCCGCCUGACCUGGGUGGCCUAGAGGCCCUGCGACAGCGGGAGCACCUUCCCAACCUGGCCCAGUGGGAAGGCCCAGAGCCCCAGCAGCCCCUGGAGUUCCUGAGGACAUCCCUUGGUGGCAGAUUCCUGGUGUACGAGUCCUUCCUCUACCGGAAGGAGAAGGCUGCUGGUGAGAAGGUAUACUGGAUGUGCCGGGACCAGGCCCGGCUGGGCUGCCGCAGCCGUGCCAUCACCCAGGGCCGGCGCGUGAUGGUGAUGCGCAGCCACUGCCACCAGCCUGACCUGGCCAGCCUAGAGGCCCUGCGGCAGCGAGAGCGGCUCCCCAACUUGGCCCAGCAGGAGAAUCCAGAAAAGAUAAAGCUUCUGCCUGAAGUUCAACUGUGCAUCGAGACUUGUUCUGAAAGCCAGCAGAUUUGUGGGAACGUCAAGAAGACCAGGCCAGACUGUGGGGCCCAGUGAGAUGUCUCCAUGCGGGCAGCAGAAGGCCAUUGGCUGGUGUCCCAGAUGCUUCCCGUCCACGUAGGCAUUUUCCAUCCAUCUAGAGAUGCUUGACAAGUUCUUUCAUUCUUCCCAAGUAUCGAUGGCUGUUUCCUCACAGGUCUCUUGUGCUUGGACAGUGUCCCUGUGUCAGCAAAAAUAGCACCCAGAGCUGGUGGCACAUGGCGGGCAGGGAGGGGCAGUGCAGGGCAUGGAAUACUCUGGAAGGAGCAUCUGUGGGCUGGCGAGAGCCACAAGCACCCAGCCCAUUUCAGAGCUCAAACUUUGCAAGGACUUUGUAGCAGGGUGUGGUCCUGUGUGAGCCAGGUUCACUGUCACCUGUGCCAGAGCAGGCAGGGGGCUUCACCCCUUCCACUGAGCACCCGUCGAAGAUGGGCACAAGCCACAUGAGUCUCUUCCUGAUGAGUAAGGGAUGGCACUUCCUGGGUUUUAGCCGUCUGCUGCCCACUGCCCACUGGUUGCAGCCAGCCCCAAGCACAGUGGAGCAGGCCCCUGUUGGAUAUGUCAGCCCGGAUGCACAAUUCCCAUGGCAGGCGUCUGUCCCAGCAGUGGCAGCCAGCACGGGACAGACACCUGGGCUGCCCAGUGCCCCUCUGGUCACCUGCAUUUACCCACACCACGAAGGUGGAGAGUUAGACAGGUGGCAGUGAGGUGCAGUCCUCCUUCCGCUGGGGAGCUUAGCAGAGCACCUGCCAAGGUAGUCUGGGUGAGCUAUCCUCUGGGGCACAGAGACACCUGCCAGGAACUGCAGAGCCUCCUGCAUGCCAAGGCUUUCCCCACGCUGUAAUAAUGAAGGGAGCAUGUGGUACAGAGGCAGGGUCCCCUCUCCUUGGCAAUCUGGCCACAGAACUGUCGUCUGUUGAAUAGUGACAGCUUGUGCCCCCUGGCCCUCUGCUCAUCUGCUUCCUCCAAUAAACCCUGUUUUCCAUCUCA